AUGUCGCUAUACCAGUCUGGCAAGCUCAGCCGCUCAAGUGCGUCCGCCAUGUGGGACUUUGAAAUCGACCCGGAUGGGGAUAUUACUAUCGUUCUUCGCAACCCAAAUGCCGCCCUCAUCGAAAAGCCGACGGCAGCCAAUUCUGUUUUUGAUCAGGCACGAGAACAAGAGGUGCUGUUUGAACCUAGACCCGAACCCGAACCCGAACCUGCGGUUCCAUAUGAGUCUUCACCUGCUCUCGAGCCGGAGCCUGAUAUAAGUGUCCUCCCAGGACAAGAUGACGAUCCCGAAGCUGUCGAGCUACCCAUUCCCCCUUCAUCGCCGCCGUCUGUGAUUGAAGAGAACAACGUCCCUCCUCCUCGAACCGAAGUGAGGUUCCGAGUCUCUUCGAAGCACCUGACUCUCGCCUCUUCAACUUUCCGAAGCAUGCUCAACGGCCAAUGGGCGGAAGCGAAUCGGCAUGAAAUAGCAGCAGAGGAUUGGGACACAGAGGCAAUGUGCAUCCUCCUGCUCGUGAUCCACGGGAGAAACCAGCGUGUCCCGAAAAACGUCAGCCUAGAACUUCUCACGAACAUUGCCAUUCUCGUUGACUACUACGAUUGUCGGGAGGCGAUGGAUUCGGCUGCGGCGAUAUGGAUCAAAGGUUUGGAUUUACAACCGGAAGAGACCUCUAGAGACCUUGUUUUCUGGCUGUUUAUAGCUUGGGCUUUCCGACGAGACGACAUCUUUACAGAUGUGACUACAACCGCUGUGCUGCGAGGCGAAGAGCAGCUUCGGACCUGGAACCUGCCCAUCCCAGAAUCCAUUACGGAGCUUAUCGAGCGUCUGCGAUGCGAGUUCAUGAGCGAUCUCAUGGCUUCGCUGACGAAGCUCUGCUCAGAACUCUUGGAGGGCGAGGUCGGCUGCUCGGCAGAGUGUUCUUCAAUGCUGCUGGGAACUCUGUUGAGAGAAUUGAAGAUGAGGGGACUGGAAGCACAGCCAGUAGGGAUUUCUUUCUCCUCCGCGGUAGAAUCCCUGCAGUGUAUUCAGUCGCCCCUCUGGAUCAACUUCAACCCAUUCGGCUCGAGUUUUCACGUCGAUGACUGCGAUCUUAAAAGUAUCGUCAAGGGCAGGAUAGCUUGGAGGAACAUAAAGGGCUUUGGCAUCGCGGACGCCAACAAGAGUUGGCGCGUGCUGAAGGAGGAGAUUCUGGCUAGAGCUGGAAUGGUGUGGUGCUAA